AUGGUGGCAUACGCUUCAAGGCAGUUGAAGACUUCUGAAAAGAGAUAUCCUACUUAUGAUUUGGAAUUGGUAGUUGUGGUGUUUGCCUUGAAGAUUUGGAGACAUUAUCUUUGUGAGGAGCAAUUUGAUGUCUUUGGUGGCCAUAACAAAUUGAAGUACUUGUUUGAUCAAAAAAAGCUAAAUAUAAGACAACAAAGUUGUGAGACAACAACCAUUACAAAUGAGUUCUUAAAGAAGGUAAAGGAGAACCAAAUGCAAGAUCAGAGUUUGAUGAAGACAAGAAGGUUAUUGGGCUUUGAAAAGGCAGAGGGGUUUGAUGUUGAUGAUGAAAGGAUUUUGCGGUUCAAUGGCAACAUUUACUUACCUCAAGAUUAUGAGCUAAAAAACAUGGCUUUGAUUGAAAGUCAUAAGAGUAAACUUAUUUUUCAUCCUAGCAUGACAAAGAUGUGUUACUCUGGUAGAACAUGA